UAAUUAAUUCUCUGGUUACUCUAUGAGGUAGGUAUUAUUAUAUCCCCAUCUUAAAGAUGAAGAAAAUUAGGAAUGUAGAGGUUAAUUGAAUAGCUAGUAGGUGGCAGAGCCAGAGUUCAAACCCAAGCAGUCUGAUGCCAUAACUCACACUCUCAACAACUAUAUACUGCUGUCUCUCUAUCAAAGAAAUAAUAUGAGGCAGUGCAUCCUGGGUCAGUGUAGCCAUGGCAGCUUUUGUCCUUUCUGCCAUGUCUGUGACUGCCUGUAGCCUUCGUGCCACCACCCUGGGUCCCCACACUGGCGGCAGCCCAGCCACUCAAUAUCACCCUGUGCCCCCCAGGGGCCUGUAUGAGGCCUGGGGCUUCGCGUUUGGCCUCGGUGGUCAUGCAGGUUCCAGUUACACAGUUAUACCACCAGUACCGUGAUGAACCCCGUUGGUCAUUAGAGGGAAUCAAGGACUGUGUUCUUUACAUCUUAAAACUCUAUGACAAGAUUGAUCCUGAAAAGCUCUCAAUAAAUUCCCACUUUAUGAGAGAGUUGGGCCUAGACAGUUUGGACCAAGUGGAGAUUAUCAUGGUCAUGGAGGACAAAUUUGGGUUUGAAAUUCCUGAUACAGAUGUUGAGAAGUUAGUAUGUCCACAAGAAACUGAGAUCACAUUGCGGAUAAGGAGGAUGUACAGUAAAACCUUGGAUUUUGAGUAACUUGUUCUGUGAGUGUUCUGCAAGACAAAGAAAACAUUUCUAAUAAAUGUCUUGCA